CAGGUCUACAACCGGGUAUGGGUGGCCACCAGUCCUUCCCUAGGGUUACCUUGUUAAAGGAGAGAGUUGUCAUAGUAACUGGUGCCAAUACAGGUAUUGGAUAUGAAACAGCCAAAUGGAUAGCCAUGAUGGGAGCUACGGUCAUAUUGGCCUGUCGAUCUGAAGAGAGGGCAAGAGAGGCAAUGACCAGGAUGAAUGCGGAAUUCGAGGCGGAGAAAGACAGAAAAACAGAAGGCGUGGUUGAUUACCCAGAACUAAGUAUAGAGUUUAUGAAAUUAGAUUGUGCCAGUCUACAAUCAGUGAUGGAUUUUAUAAAAGAAUUCAAAAAUUCUGGUCGACAGUUACAUGUGCUCGUGUGCAACGCGGGGAUUGGCCUCCACAAACAGGCAUACACGGCGGAAGGAUAUGAACUAAUGUUUCAGGUGAAUUAUCUGAGUCAGUACCUAUUAGCAGCUCACCUGUUGCCCAUUAUGAAGAAUUCCGGAGAGGACUGUCGUAUUGUGCUUGUGUCGAGUGAGGCUCAUCGCUUCUCAGAGUUUAAUUUAGACAGAAUACAGGGAAAACAAUUUAAUGAUCAAAACUUUGGACGAGUUCUAUUCUACGGAAAUUCGAAAGCAUUUCAGAUAAUGCAGAUGUUCAGUAUGAACAGGCGACUACAGAACUCAAAUGUCACUGUGGUAAGCUUACAUCCGGGUAUUGUGGACACAGAAGUGACGAGAAAUUUCAGUGAUAUGAAGCAAUUUGCUGUCUUCUUGAGUCUUUCUAAAUUGGUGGGCAAAGCGAAAAAUCCAUUUGAAGGAGCAGAGACCAGUAUAAAUGCGGCAGUAAAUCCAGAAUUGAAAGGCGUCCGUGAUGUAUAUUAUUGUGACUGUAAACCAGAGAGCAUCAGCAGUACAGUAAGGAAUACUCAAAACCAAGAGGGAUUAUGGGAAUACACUCAGGACUGUCUAAAGAAAGGAGCUUUUCUCCCUGACGAUAUUAUCAAGUGUUUGGAGGGAGAAUAAAACACAAAAUAUUGCAAUUUAAAACAAAACAAUUGUCAAUAUUACAAAGAAAAUAAAUAAAUCUUUUUCAAUCAGUUGCCAUAUAUAUUACGCGAGAAAAUUCGUCAUUGAAUUUAUAAUGAUAAACACUAAAAUAUCAAAGGUGAAAUUCUGGACGUGAUAGCGACUGUAAACUUCAUCGUAGAUCGACGCAUUUGCGGUAGAUAUCCUUGGAUACGAAGUGUAUUCGUCAAAAGGACUCGUUUAUGGAGAAACACCUGAUACUUAGAACUGGCUCUGGAGUAGCAUAGCCACUGUGAUAUGUAAACGCCUGAUACCUAGCUCUAUAUUAGCGUAGCCACUGUGAUAUGUAAACGCAUGUUACUUAGCUCUAUAGAAGCGUGUCAUCUGUGUCAUGUAAACUCCUGAUACCUAGAACAUGCUAGAUAUGUCGUUUAAGAACUGAAAUUAAGCAGACAGUGAAUACCGCAACCAAGAAUAAGUAUAUCAUAUUUGAAAAAAAAUCUUAUUUACAUUCCUUGAUUAUGAGUCCCUAGCGUACAAAAAUUAAUGUAGACUUUGUGAGCAGAGUUUGUGAAUUCCGUACCAAAAUCCAUAGUAGACUUUUGCUGUCUCAUUUUAUAAUACUGGUUUCCGGUAAUCCGUCACGCCAGUUGUGUUGUUAUUUAUUGCUCAACAUAUAAUUGAAUAUCCCUCCUAGCGAUUGUUAACAGAUAUAUUUAAUUUAUUUGCAUAAUGUUUCUAAAUCUAUACUUAUGUACGUAGUUCCUGAUUAUUAUCCUAUGACACAUUAAUUGUUUUUACAUGCAAAGGAUCAAUAGAGUUAUCUUCCUUGCUCACCAGGCAAGAGGGCAGCGGGACUAAAAAUUUAGUUUGGACUGCAGCCAGAAAAUUGACGUAAACGUGUUGACAUUAUACAUAACUAUUAAUGUGGUUUGCUAGAAAUCGAUUCACUGCUACAUUCCAUUUGCUCUAGAUAGGAUUUUACAGAGAGGAAAUAAUAAUGUAGUAGCAUUAUCUUAAGUCUGAGUGUUGAUGCACGUACAUAUCCGUACCGCUUAGAUUUAUAGGAAUAUUCAGGCCUGCAUGUAAUAGUUAUGCAAUAGAGAAGGCAUACUGUGUUUAUUUGUUAUGUUCUCUGUUCGUCUUUAACGUUGGAGUAAGCUACUGGAUGUCUAUAAAAGUGUCAAUAAAGAAUGAAUGCAUUGCGUUACUCAGAUAAUUGUAAGUUUGAAAAAUAUUAUACUAGCUCGGUUUAAAAGAGGGAGAUAACAAAUAAGUGAGCCGAGAAUUAACAUUUAGUAAGAGAACAUCUUCCUUUAUGAAAAAUAAUGACAGCAUUAUCAUAUGAAAUAUACAGAACAUUAAAUUGUAAAAGGAUUGCAGCAAGGUAUUUUUUUCCGUUAAUUUACUGUCAUCAAACGAAGUCAUUGGAACUAUUAGCUCCAGGCUAUUAUUAAUUAUCCAAUGUAUUAAUUGAAAGAGACUGCAUUGGGUAAAAAAAAAAAUAGAAGAAGGCGUAAUAAUCGUUAUCGUCCAGGAAAGAAUGAUUUGAUCAGUUACAUUUAAAAAAGGGAGAUAACUCUUAAAUAAAUGAGAACAUUUUCCUGUUUGUCUAUCUAGAGAUAUAUAUGUGUGAUCUCCGAUAAGUUGUUCAUAACAUGAUAAGCUUAAUGACCAUUUAACGUAACAUUUCAAACUUGUAUCUUUCCACAAUAGUUGAAAAAACUCAAGUUGUGUGUUGAAGGAUAUAAAAGGUUUAUCUCAACAUAAAACAGAAAUUUUUUGUUAAUUUAUAGAUUACACAUUAUUAAAAUUUGCGUUAACGACCCGUUAAAAUUUGGCCCUGAUGUGUGUGUAUCCUUUAGAUAAAAGUAGCUUCUGUGCAACCAUCCUACUCUCGAUAUUAAAAUCUUUACAUACUAUUAUGUUCUUUAAUAUUCUUGUUUGUUCCCAUUCCAUCAGAAAAAAAAUACCAUCUUUGGAAUGUUUUGUUUCCGUAUCCGCCCUAGCGUUAGAGAUACCCCCAAGGCAAAGCAUCAGUUCGCAUGAAUAUAUUACACAUAUAUGUAUCUGAUAACAG